AAGUGGUAGACGUCCACUUUUGCUAAUGGUAGUGAUGCAAAGGGAGUUUGACUGUUCUUCGUCCGACACAGCGAUGGAUCCGUCGCGCAUUACCUUGCGCGAAUUCAGGCCACCAGACGCCGGCGAUUUAUUCUCAUGGGCAGGCGAUGAUCGAGUUACCAGGUCCAUCGCUUGGAAGACUUUGACGUCUGAACAAGAGGCGUUGACUUUCAUCGAAGAAGUUUGCAUGCCACAUCCAUGGCGACGGUCUAUAUGCAUCGAUGACCGUUCGAUCGGAUUCAUAUCGGUUUUCCCGGGAUCGGGCAAGGAUAGGUGUCGAGCGGACAUCGGGUAUGCCUUAGCAGCCGAGUUUUGGGGCCAAGGGAUUGCUAGUAAUGCUGUUAAGAUGGCAAUUCCUCAGGUGUUUCGUGAUUUUCCUGAACUAGUAAGGCUGCAGGCUUAUGUUGAUGUGGAGAAUAAGGCCUCUCAGCGGGUUGUGGAGAAAACCGGGUUUAGCAAGGAAGGUCUGUUGAGAAAGUACUCGUACCUUAAGGGGAGAAUUCAUGACUUGGUUGUUUACAGUAUUCUGUCCACAGAAAUAGAAGUCCUUCCUUCACGCUCUUGUUGAUUUGUGUGCACUUGGGUGAGUCGAUUUGAUAUUAGUGCAAGCACAAGUACAAAGUCGAAUCUUAUUGUCAACUUACAAAGUCAAUUUGAAAUCUAUGUUUUGUUUUCAAGUAUUAAUCGGAUCGAAUUGUUCGUUGAAAUUUAAUGGUACUGAUACCAUAUUAACACUUGAAAGUUUCAUUUUGAAAUGUCAACACCAUUAAUACGAAUAAUCCAAAUCCUUAUAUGUUGAUUUA